AAAACAAAAACACAAAAUGGAAACCUUCCUGAGCCCUUCACCACGCACUGCUGUGCGUUGCUGAGUGAUGUUACUACGAUCACCUCUACGCCUCCACACCUUCCUCGUCCGCCCAUUCACCACCGCCGCCAAUCUUCUUUUUCCACCAUCACACCACCACCACACCGCCACCCUUCAAAACCUCCACCUUCUCUGCACUCUCGGCCACCUCGAACAAGCCUUCUCUCUCUUCUACUCACUCGACCUACCUCCUUCCCAACAAACCUAUGCCACUCUCUUCCACGCCUGUGCCACCCACAACUCCCUCCGCCGCGGCCGAGCUCUCCAUCACCACAUGCUUACCCACAACCCCAACUACCAUUUUAACCUUCAUCUCACGAACCAUCUUCUCAACAUGUACGCUAAAUGCGGCGAUUUGGACUAUGCCCAUCAAUUGUUCGACGAAAUGCCUCGCAGAAAUAUUGUUUCUUGGACCUCUCUUGUUUCGGGUUAUGCCCAAUUUGGUAGAGCUAACGAGAGCUUCAGUCUAUUUGCUAGUAUGUUAGCUCAUUGCCACCCGAAUGAAUUUGCUUAUGCGAGCGUGAUCACUUCUUGUGGAAUCGAAUGUGGCCGGCAGGUACAUGCUCUUGCCUUGAAAACCUCGUUUGAUCGUUACAUUUACGUAGCGAAUGCUCUUAUUAAAAUGUAUUCGAACGGUUGUGAUUAUGGUGUUUAUGAUGAUGAUUAUAAAGAUGAGGCUUGGAUGGUGUUCAGGGAUAUGAAGUUUCGCAAUCUAGUUACCUGGAAUUCAAUGAUUGCAGGGUUUUCGAUUCGCGGAUUGGAGGACCGAGCUAUGGGUUUUUUCUCAUUGAUGCACUGUGAGGACGUUGGGUUUGAUCGCGCCACGCUCCUCAGUGUCUUAUCUUCCUUGUGUCGAAAUAGAAAUAGCAGCAGCAGAAGCGAUGCUGCUUUAGGUCUCCAGUGUUGUUUCCAAUUGCACUGUCUAGUGAUCAAGACUGGGUUUUUAAUGGAAAUUGGAGUGGCAACAGCUAUCGUAAAAGCUUAUUCAGACCUAGGUGGAGCAGUUGAUGAUUGUUACAAUAUCUUUUUGGAGACCAGUGGUAGUCGAGAUAUUGUUUCGUGGACCGGUAUCAUAGCAACAUUCGCAGAAAGGGACCCAGAAAAGGGCUUCUUUCUUUUCUGUCAGUUGCUUCAAGAGGGUUUAGCUGCAGACUCUUAUGCAUUCUCGGCUGUACUAAAAGCUUGUGCAGGACUUGUGACUCAGCGGUCUGCCUUGGCUGUCCAUUCACAAGUAAUCAAAGCUGGGUUUGAAGAUUAUGUAGUGGUUGCGAAUGCCUUAAUUCAUGCCUAUGCUAGGUGUAGCUCAAUUGGCUCAGCCAAGCAAGUGUUUGAUGAGACAGAGUUCCAGGACACGGUUUCUUGGAAUACAAUGUUGAAGGCUUACGCCUUGCAUGGUCAGGCCAAAGAAGCAAUCAAGUUAUUUGGGGAAAUGAAUGUCCACCCUGAUGCCACCACAUUUGUUGCCCUCCUCUCAGCUUGCAGCCAUGCCGGAAUGGUAGAAGAAGGUUCUAGAAUCUUCGACACUAUGUCCGAAAAAUAUGGUAUUGUUCCUCAACUUGAUCACUUUGCUUGCAUGGUUGAUAUUCUUGGACGUGCUGGUCGUGUUCUUGAAGCCGAGAAAAUUAUAAGCGAAAUGCCAAUGGUGCCGGAUUCUGUUGUGUGGAGUGCUUUCCUUGGAGCAUGCAGGAAACACGGUGAAACCAAUUUGGCGAACUUAGCAGCAACAAAACUGAAGGAAUUGGAUCCCGAAAACUCAUUAGGCUAUGUAUUAAUGUCAAAUAUAUACUGCUCAGCUGGUAUUUUUACUGAAGCAGGGCUUAUAAGGAGGGAGAUGAAAGGGCUUGGAGUACAAAAAGAGCCCGGUUUGAGCUGGAUUGAAGUUGGGAGUCAAGUCCAUGAGUUUGCCUCUGGUGGUCAAAAGCACCCUCAGGGAGGGGCAAUACGUGCCAGUCUCGAACAGCUAGUUGGGAGGUUGAAAGGUUUGGGUUAUGUACCUGAAACAAGGUUGGUCUUGCAGGACGUGGAAGAGGAGCAAAAAGAGGAGCAAUUGUAUUACCAUAGUGAGAAGCUUGCUUUGGUGUUUGCUUUAAUGAAUGCAGUUAGCUUACAGUGCAGCAGGGGUGUUAUUCAGAUUGUGAAGAACAUUCGUAUUUGUGUUGACUGCCAUAACUUUAUGAAAGUUGCAUCAGGACUAGUUCAAAGGGAGAUUGUGGUGAGAGAUUCAAACCGUUUCCACCAUUUUAAAGACAGAGUAUGCUCUUGCAAUGACUAUUGGUAACCUCCCAACAUCACUCAGCGUAACCUGAUUUACGUCUCUUUCUAUCCUCCUUGCUGAAAAGUUUUCAUGAAAGUGGAUGAAAUUGAGCCAUCUUCAAGUUUCUACCUUUGAGUAACUUCCAAUCCGUCCCCAAAUUUUGUGGGUUAUUUUUGUGGCAGGUUUGAUGCCAAACAUUGAGGUUUUCCUCAACAUUAGCACCCUCACUACUCCUGGAGAUUAACAAAAUCAGAAAUAAAAACUGAUUAGCAGUUUCAUAUGGUUAUUGAAUGUGAUAGUUAGGCAUUCGUGGAAAAGGGAAAAACAUGAGUGUUCACACCAGCUCAGGUGUACGUUUUGUUAAUAGAAUAGUAGAUGAGAUAAAUAUAUAUGUGUAUAUAUAUAUAUAUAUAAAAGCUUUAGAGUUUGGGUUGGAAGUGGCUGAAUCAGAGGAGCCUGAAUGACAGCAAGCCUACUGAGUUCCAGGGGUCAGGCUGAGGCAGCCCACGGGGCCUGCAUGGCGUAGCAGCCAAAGGACCUAAAAGGUGGGAUUGGGUUGAUAUUGUGUUCAACAAAGGAGAACCGCGCAAGACACAUGCAUUGCUUCUCAAAGCACACUGACAUGGUUAUUCUCUUGGAGAUGAGAACUCGAGUUAUGCAGUUACCAAGGGAGAUUUUGUCGGAGUUUUCGUCGGAGAUUUCAGUGGAGAUUUUAUGGUGGAGAUUUCGUCGGAGAUUUCAGUGGAGUUGACGAGAAAGAUUGCUACGAUCGUGUAGAUUUUGUUGGAGAUUUCGUCGGAGAUUUCAGUGGUGUGAUAGUGUAUUGAUCGCGUAGAUUUUCAGUGGAGUUGAAUCAGGUUUGUUUUCGAUGGAGAUAGCACAUGCAUUUUGAUAUUUGUUUUGAAUUUUUGUGUAGAGAGAGGCCAGCUUGAUAGAGUUGAUUUUUAUUUUUGGAAUUAAUUUUUCAUUCUUUGUUUUUUUGAUCAAUUUCAGAUAGUGUUGACAGUGUAGGUGAUUUUGAUGUUUAGAGUUCAUUUUUGGUGCUCUGUUUUUUAUCAACAUGCUGAUGAAUUAUAGUUGUGUUCUAUGUUUUUUCAAA